CCCCCCCUCCCCACAGUGCUGCGAUGCUGCUGGCCGGGCUGGCCGUGGCGCUGGCCCUGCUGCUCUGGGCCUGGCAGCGCCGCCCGGGGGGCGCAGGAUCCUGGGGGCUCGUUCUCCGGCACUGGCUGGCACUGCGGGUGCUGGGCUGGGCCGCGGGCUGGCAGCGCUGGCACCUGGAGCAGGCGUCCCAGGAUGUGCGGCAGAGCCAGGAGCGCCUCCUGCUGCGGCUGCUGGGGGGAGCCAGGGCUGCGGAGCCAGGCUCGGCCGCGUUCCGGGUGCGUUGCCCCCUGGCAGAGCGCGGCUCCAACGGGGGCAAGACCCCUGCCCACCCGGCACUGCCGACGGGGCCCUGGGCUCUGCUUCGGAGCAGCUGCACCGCGGACUCCCCCCUGCAGGGGCCCGUGUUGUACCUGGACGUCCUGAGCAGAGUCUUCCCGGAGGCCCUGAGCCUGCAGGGCACUGCCCGCUUCUCCUGGGCCGGGGGCUGCUCCCAGCCUGCCGCAGCCUGGGCACUGCCCACCCUGUACUGCACUCCAGAGGAGACAGGCACGGUGCCCUCGCAUACUGCGGCCCUGUACGUGCAGCUGCUGUUUGCCCUGCGGGAGCGGGCGCUGCGGGCGCUGGAGGCUGGGCUGGUCUCGGAGCUGUACGAUGCCCUGGGUGUGCUGCGCGUCGGCUGGGAGGGCCUGGCGCAGGACCUGGCCUCAGGGAGGCUGAGUCCCCACCUGGAGCUGCCUGAGGGGACCCGGCGCCGGCUGGAGCAGCUGCUGGUUCCGGACGCAGCGCGGGCGGCGGAGCUGAGGGCAGAGUGCGCCAGGGGCUGGGACGGCGUCGCCCGGCGCCUGUGGCCGCGGCUCCAGGUGGUGGUGGUGGUGGCAGAGCCCAGCAGUGAGCAGAUCUAUGGGGAGGCCCUGCGGGAGCAGGAGUGCCAGGGCCUCCCCUUCUACUGCCCCUUCUACAGCGCCGCAGGAGCUCUGCUCGGGGUGAACCUGUGGCCGGAGCAGCCCGACUCCCGCUACCUGCUCUGCCCAGGCUGGGCUUUCUGCGAGUUCCUGCCUGCGGGGCCGGGCGCUGAGGCGCCCCCAGAGACCGUGCUGCUGGCGGACAUGCAGGAGGGCCAGGAGUAUGAGCUGGUGCUGACGGACCAGGCUGGAUUGUCCAGGUGCCGCGUCGGGGAGGUGCUGAAGGUGGCGGAAUUCCACAACCAGUGCCCCGUGGUGCGGCCCGUGCGCAGGCUGAGCCAGACCCUGAGCGUGCGUGGGGAAGGCGUCCCUGAGGAGCGCUUCUACGGGAGCCUGCGCCGCGCUGUGGCCAUGUGGCCAGGAGCCCGGCUGGUCGACUACAUCUGCGCAGAGAGCAGCCUUCUGGGUGCCUCCUCCGGGGUCUGCGCCCCCCAUUACCAGGUGUUCGUGGAGCUGCGGGGCCUGCGUGAUCUGUCGGAGGCGCAGCGCUAUAAGCUGGAUCAGUGUCUCCAGGAGGAUUUUCCUAUCUAAACCUUCCGCUUUAAGGGCAGCAUUGGGCCGGUGCGGCUGCACCUGGUGGCGGCCGGGGCCUUCAGGGAGCUACGGGAUGCUGCGGUCCCCGGGCCCAUGGCCAGAGUCCUGAGGGAGAAGCACCUGCUGCACUUCAUCCAGAGCAGAGUCGUCUCAUGAGGCCGGCCAGCCUCCAGUGCCGUUGGCCCAGCGUGCCCUCGCUCGGGCUCUGUGCUUGUGCUGCUGCUUGCAGGGGAGUCCCUG